AUGGCGUCCGCCGACGUUGGCAUUCCGCGUCGUGAGCGCGGGCGCGAGCGCGGGCCUCAGCGAGAGGCCGACUCGUACCGUCCGCCACCUCGCGAGCGAACGCCGCCGCCCGUGCGAACCGAGGAGGAGAAGCAGGCCGCGGCAAAGGCAGAAUAUGAAAAGCUUCUCAAUAUGCGGUCUGGAGGAACAUACAUCCCGCCCGCGAGGCUAAGGGCGCUGCAGGCGCAAAUCACCGACAAGACGAGCAAGGAGUAUCAGCGCAUGGCCUGGGAGGCGCUGAAGAAGAGCAUCAACGGUCUGAUCAACAAGGUCAACACGGCCAAUAUCAAGCAUAUUGUUCCCGAGCUGUUUGGCGAGAACUUGAUCCGGGGACGGGGUUUGUUUUGCCGGUCCAUCAUGAAGGCACAGGCGGCCAGUUUGCCCUUCACCCCCAUCUAUGCGGCCAUGGCAGCCAUCGUCAACACCAAGUUGCCUCAGGUUGGCGAGUUGUUGAUCAAGAGGUUGAUCAUGCAGUUCCGCAAGGGCUUCAAGCGGAACGACAAGUCUGUCUGUCUGUCGUCGACUACCUUCCUCGCACACCUCAUCAACCAGCAAGUCCAGCACGAGAUGCUUGCGGGGCAGAUCCUCCUGUUGCUGCUGCACAAGCCGACCGAUGAUAGUGUGGAAAUCGCCGUUGGAUUCUGCCGAGAAGUUGGUCAAUACCUGGAGGACAUGCAGCCGUCUAUUUCCGUCGCCGUCUUUGACCAGUUCAGGAAUAUCCUGCACGAAGCCGAUAUCGACAAGCGAACACAAUACAUGAUUGAAGUCUUGUUCCAGGUCCGCAAGGACAAGUUUAAAGACCACCCUGCCAUCAAAGAAGAGCUGGACCUAGUCGAGGAAGAGGACCAAAUCACACAUCGAGCAGAGUUGGACGGCGAGAUUGACGUCCAGGACGGCCUCAACAUUUUCAAGUUUGACCCCAACUGGGAGGAGAACGAGGAGGCAUACAAGAAGCUAAAGGCCGAAAUUCUCGGCGAGGGAAGCGAUUACGAAGACGACGGUGAAGGAGAUGACGAAAGCUCAGAAGACGAGGAGGAAGAGGAGACAAAGGCAAUGGAAAUCAAGGACCAGUCCAACGCGGAUCUCGUCAACCUCCGGAGAACAAUCUACCUCACAAUCAUGUCCAGUGCCGACCCCGAGGAAGCUGUCCACAAACUCAUGAAGAUCAACCUCCCCGCCGGCCAAGAACCCGAGCUGCCCUCCAUGAUCGUCGAAUGCUGCUCCCAAGAAAAGACAUACACAAAGUUCUUCGGCCUCAUCGGCGAACGUUUCGCCAAAAUCAACCGCCUCUGGUGCGACCUGCUCGAACAGUCCUUCGCCAAGUAUUACGACACCAUCCACCGUUAUGAAAAUAACAAGCUUCGUAAUAUCGCCCAGCUUUUCGGGCACAUGUUUGGCGUGGACGCCCUCGGCUGGCACUGCCUUUCGGUGAUUCAUCUCAACGAGGACGAAACUACGUCCAGCAGUCGUAUCUUUAUCAAGAUUCUAUUCCAGAGCAUCGUGGAAGAAAUCGGCCUGCCCAAGCUCAGGACCAGGAUGACCGACGAGACGCUCCGCCCGAACCUAGAGGGCAUUUUCCCCAAGGACAAUCCGCGAAAUAUUCGGUUUUCCAUUAAUUACUUUACCAGUAUUGGGCUGGGCGCGCUCACGGAGGAGAUGAGAGAAUACCUGCAGAACAUGCCCAAGCCAGCACUACCCGCCCCUGCGGCCGCAGCAGAUGACUCGGACUCAGACUCCGUGUCGAGCUACUCUUCUUACACGGGAUCGUCGUAUUCUUCCCGAUCACGGUCGAGAACGCCCCGUAGAAUUCGGGACCGUUCCAUGUCUCGAACGCCCUCUCGCCGGACAAGAUCGCGCUCAUACUCUGAGAGUCGGUCCCGUUCGCGUUCACGUUCACGUUCAGCGUCAUACGACUCGAGGUCGCCGUCUCCCAGACGAGGCCGCAGAGACUCGUACUCGGCCUCGCCUCGACGACGCUCCGUCUCCGGAAGCAGGUCACCCUCGCCAGCGCCAAGGGGAAGACGACGCAGCGCCUCGUACAGCUCGUACAGUCGCUCUCCGUCGCGCGAUCGCCGCCGCCCUUCUCCGUCCGUCAGUCCGCCUCGUGGACGGGACCGUUCGCCAAGGGGCGGGUCGUACCGUCGCAACAGCUCUUCCGUAAGCAGCCCGCCACGCAAAAAGCACAGGCGAGACUCUCGAUCGCCAUUGUAUGAUUCGCGCUCGCCAUCACCUAGGAGAGCUAGAAGAGCGAGUCCUUCGCCCAGACGAAAUGGAAGGAGGUCGUCCUACUCUGCAUCGCGGAGCAGGUCCCCGCGCAGGGACAGAGACAGCAGAUCUGUUUCCGUGGAGCCCAAGCGGAGAUCGCGCAGCCCUAUGCCCGCCAAGAGGAGGAGAUAUAGCGAGAGUGUGUCGAGGUCACCGCCUCCUGUCAAGAGGGGCCGUCAUGAGGAUUAA